AUGUCGUCACCAACGUCUCGAAGCAGUCCCUUGGACAUACGCUCCAGUAGUCCCGCAGGAGGCAGUCUGCAUUCUCGAAAUGCGUCAAUAGCACGACUAUGCUCCCCCGUGCCCUCCCAGCGCCCUAUUACGCCUCCUGUGCAGCAGGUUCCAACGCCUCAGCAGAUCGCAGCUGACCACGAUGACUCUACCCUGCCUAAACUCGAUCAAUCUGGAUCAUUGCCAGGCCCAGGUCGAUCCGCCCUGUCCACAGCUCUAGCCGAUACAGGCCAUCGAACUCCUCCUGGAACCCGUACACCACCUGUUCCUGCAAACGAUCCCACGUCGAGACAGCCGCUAUUGAGCGCCAGCGGCGUUGUCGGUUUGGGGAGUCACGAUAGAUUACCGAGGAGCAAUUAUGGCUCUUUCAAUCCUCGCGAAAUGGCAGGAAGUCCAGGCCCCACAGAGGAUCCCGAGGUGGUAAAAAGACACUUGGUACAGCCGGAUCAAGGCUCGUCGAGAGGAAGGCCACUUCGAAUAGAUCUGAACGAACAAAGCUCCGGGUUGGAUUCACCCGAGUUUUCCAGUCUCCGGUUGCAAGGUGGGGACAUGACCCGCGCCGUCUAUCGAUGGGCGGAAGAGCAAGAAGGAAACCAAACUGGCAAGGCUCAGAGGAGCAAAAGUUUCACUAUGCCGAGACCAGAGCCUGAAAGUGACACCCUUGACAUACAAAACAUCCGGGUGCCUGGUGGAUUUCGCAGAAACUUUUUGCGUAGAGCCGCUGAGAGUCCUACACCUUCGGGUCGAGCCUGGAAAACCUCUUCUGCAGCAGACGGGCAGGAUCUUUCGACGAGAGAUAUUCGACCUAGACUUUUUACGAACAACUUUCUGGAGUUCCUCACGCUCUAUGGACACUUUGCGGGCGAAGACCUGGAGGAGGACGACGAGGUUCUUGAGCCAGACGAAUAUUUCUCAUCGGAUGCCUACGACGAGGGUAGCGAUCGAGAGCCUUUGGAAGACAGUGCCCUCCUUACCCCAGGUGGACUUCGCCGGAGACGACAUAAGGAGCGUCCGCCCACUGGAACGGGGAGCAGUUUUAAUGCAGCCCUAUUGCUCCUGAAAUCCUUUGUCGGCACGGGGGUCCUCUUCCUGCCUCGGGCUUUUUUGAACGGCGGCAUGCUCUUCUCUUCCCUUGUUUUGCUUGCUGUAGCUGCUCUCAGCUACCACUGCUUUAUCUUACUGAUCAGCACACGCAACAAGGUCGAGGCUUCAUUUGGCGACAUCGGCGGCAUUCUCUACGGGAAGUGGAUGAGAGUGAUGAUUCUAUUCUCCAUCGUUCUCAGCCAGGUUGGUUUUGUAUCUGCAUACACCGUCUUCACGUCGGAGAAUCUGCAGGCCUUCGUCCUAGCGGUGUCUAAGUGCAGAACAUUCAUCGACAUCAAGUUCAUGGUCCUGAUGCAACUUGUCAUAUUCUUGCCACUGAGUCUGAUCAGAGAUAUUGGGAAACUCGGUUUCACGGCUCUCAUUGCUGACGCCUUCAUUCUCGUGGGCCUCAUCUACCUGUAUUAUUACGAUAUUGCCACCAUCGUUGACAACAAAGGACCUUCGGAUAUCACCUUGUUCAAUCCUUCAACCUGGACCCUCUUCAUCGGCACGGCCAUCUUCACUUUUGAGGGUGUAGGACUGAUCAUUCCAAUCCAAGAAUCAAUGAAGAGACCUCGAGAUUUCCCUGGUGUCCUGGCUACGGUCAUGGUCAUCAUCACCAUUCUGUUCACCUCCAUUGGCGCGCUGUCAUAUGCUGCGUAUGGCUCGAAAACAAAGACAGUCGUCAUCCUCAAUCUGCCACAAGAUAGCAAGAUGGUCAACGCUGUACAGUUUCUCUACUCCCUGGCCAUUCUCCUGAGCACACCACUCCAACUGUUCCCGGCCAUCCGUAUCAUGGAGAACGAGCUAUUCAGUCGCUCGGGCAAGUACAACCCUUAUAUCAAGUGGCAGAAGAAUAUAUUUCGCUUCUUCCUUGUUUGCAUGUGUGCGCUCAUUGCGUGGGGGGGAGCCGGCGACUUGGACAAGUUUGUCGCGCUGGUUGGCAGUUUCGCAUGCAUACCACUGGUAUAUUGCUACCCUCCUUUAUUGCAUCUCAAGGCUGUAGCAAAGACCAACUUGCAAAGAUGGUUGGAUUAUCUGAUGUUUGCGUUUGGACUGACAAGUUGUGUGUAUACGACUGUCUUAACAAUCCAGCAGUGGGCAGGGAGCAGCGGCAGCAAAUCCCCUGGGUAUUGUGACUCGUGA